AUGGAAAUGAAGAAGUCGCUCAAGAUGGAGAGGAAGGAGAGGCCAGGAGGCCUACGGAUGAUUAGAAAGAGGAGAUUUGGACUCAAGAAGGUGAACUUGAAUUACCUAAUUAUGUGCGGAAGCUGUGCUAAUGAAGCUAGUGUCUCGAUGGUGAAUCACUUGAAGUUUCCAAGUACUCCACAUAUGAGUCCGUAUAGACUCCAAUGGUUGAAUGAUUGUGGAGAGUUAAAGGUGACUCAUCAAGUGGUGAUUCGAUUCAAGGUUAGAAAUUAUGAGGACGAGGUACUUUGUGACAUCAUUCCUAUGCAUGCUUAUAAUGUUUUGUUGGGUCGGCCAUUGCAAUAUGAUAGGUCGACCAAGCAUGAUGGCCGAACCAGCUAUUAUUCCUUUGAGUUUAAGGGUCAAAAGUACAACCUCCGACCACUAUUACCAUCACAAGUGUGCGAGGCACAUCAACAAAUGAAGAAUUUUCCAAGAAAGGGAAAGAAAAAGAAAGAACCCAUGGGUAAAGAAGAGGAACUCAAAAGUAGGAAGGGUGAGGGUGAAGAGGGAGUUUCGUCAUUAAGGGGUAGGUAUUCUAUGGUUAUGUUGGCUCGUAAGGGUGACCUUUUCAAAGAGUAUGAUGAUACUAAUCCCAUGCUACUUUUGGCAUUUGUUUUGAAUGCUAAACCAUCCAUUUUCCCUAUCUUGUCUUCUAUUUCUAAUGUCUUGAAGGAAUUUGAUGAUGUGUUUGAAAGUGACUUGCCUCAAGGACUUCCACCACUUCGAGGAAUUAAGCACCAAAUCAAAUUUAUUCUAGGGUCAUAA